CUCUCUGUUUUCGCAUCAACAGAGUGAUGAUAUAUCACAAAUCAAAUCAAAACAGAGGAGAGCCUCAAUUUAUUUUGACUAUAUAACUUUGACAAACCCCCAACGGGUCUAUUCUCUCUUUUUUUUUACACCUAUCUUGUGACUCUCCCAAUCCAAUCACAGAAUCUCUGCCCUUCUCUCUCUCUCUCUUUUCUCCUUUGGGAAUUAUUACAUCCAUGACCUCUUUCUCUGUCUCUCAUUAAUCUCAAAUCUUCUUAGGUUUUUUUGUAGGCUUUCCGUUUUUCCUUUUAUAGUAGACAUAAAUUUUGUUUUCUUUUUCUUUUGACCCCUUUCGCUAUAUUUAGUAAACAAGAUUUUGUCCGAAGGGUUUAGGGUUUAACAGUAGAUUUCGUACGAUACUCAGAAGUCAGAAACGUUUCUUGAAUUUAAGUUACACUAUUCUUUAAAAAGAAAAGAACUUAACAGUGUCUUCCAGAACUAGAGAGAUGUCGUCUUGUCUAAGCGGCGGGGCCGCUUACAUGGUAAAAUCGCCACCGUCACACAACACUCCUUCGCCGUCAUCUACAAUAUCCGAGUCAAACUCUCCUCCGUUCUUAAUCUCCACGAGAAGACCACGAACUCCACGGAAACGUCCUAACCAAACAUACGACGAAGCUGCGGCUCUUCUCUCCACCGCUUACCCAAACAUCUUCUCUUCCAAGAAAUCAAAAACUCAUACUUUCGGCUCCACUAAAUCUCCUCUCAGUGAUUACGACGAAGCUUCUCAGUUGCUUCUUCCGUUUGACUCCAUCGAAGAGUCCGAGUUUCUGUUCAACCCCACGGUUCCAACGAAAGCAGAACACUUCUUGGAGCGUAAAGAUGUCAGUUUUAAUGACGACUCAGAGGCGAAUGGGUUUGGGAUUUUCGAUGACUUCGACGCGGGAUCGAUUCUUGAUGAGGAGGUUGAAGAAGGGAUCGAUAGCUUUAUGGGGAGUAUUGAAUCCAACCAAGGAGAGAAUUCCUACAGAAUAGGUCGAUUAGAGGAAAUUAUGAAGAAUGCUUGGAACGGAAGGUUUCGAUUAGGGCUCGGUUUGAGGAGUUCUCUCAGGGAACACGACGACGACAAGAACUGGUGCAAAUUUCCCACUGUAGAAUUUGAUCAGAUCUCGCCGAGAAUUCAGACCGCCGCCGCCGCCGCCGCAGCAGCUGAUGUUGGUGUCGUUGAGAGCAGCAAGAGUAAGACCAUUGUUACGACGGCGGAGGGAGACAAGAAAAAGAAAAAGAAGAAGAAGAAGAAGGUGACUCCGGCGGCGGAGAGCUCCGGAGAUCCGUUGCCAAGUCUGGAACAGAGAGUGAGUCCGUUGCUGAAGCUCGACUACGAUGGGGUUUUAGAGGCUUGGUCGGGUAAGGAGUCGCCGUUCUCCGACGAGUUUCUUGGUUCAGACGCCGCAGGAAUCGACCUACAUGCACGCUUGGGUGAGAUAGAUUUGUUCGGAGAGAGUGGAAUGAGAGAAGCAAGUGUUUUAAGGUAUAAAGAGAAGAGGAGGAUUCGACUCUUCUCCAAAAAAAUCCGGUAUCAAGUUAGCAAACUCAACGCCGAUCAACGCCCACGUAUGAAGGGAAGAUUUGUGACGAGGCCCAAUGCAAGGAAUUUAAGCGGGAUACGAGUAUAAGAAUAAGAGCCUAAAGAACUUGAGGAGCUCUUUGAUUCUUGUUUUGUUUUGUUUUUUGCAGACUUUGCAAAUUCGUCCUCCCCAUUUUUUUGUCCUUUUUCAACUAGCCCCUCUUGUUUGUUUGUUUUUUUUGUCAUAAGGGAAUGGGGAAGAAAUUAGUUGAUUCGAAACAGUAAAGAAUGAGAAUGAAUACGUACAACCUAAUUUAUUU